AUGUCUGCUCCACUGUCUAUCUUCUUUAUGGACUGGGCUCUUGCCUCCCAUGUAGAAGUGAAAAAGCAAGAUUUAAAUAACAGAUUGGAGGCCGUGGAAACAGUUCCUGGGUUUGAAGGGCUUGGUCUUGACAAUAAUCAGCUGUUGGGUUUUCCAUCAAGCUUUAUUCAAGUCAUGGUGACCCUAACCAGUGCUCGGCAAACUUUGCUGCUGUUCCGUGUUAUACAAGAAAUAAUGUUGCAGGAGCGUUUUGCAUUCAAGCAGAAAGUUCAAAACUGGGGGCAAAGGGAAAAUUUUGUGUACAGGCCUGUUGUUUGCGAGGCAGUUACCAGUUCACCACUAAGUUCGAUAUCUUUUUAUUAG